UAUUUUUCUGUUCACAGACGAAAACGGCGUCAGGUCAAGUGGUUUACGAUGGGGUAAACAUUUCACACAAAGUUCAGCUGGAUGUUUUGGAGGUUUCCUGUAACAGAAAUGAAACUAACAGCUCCCUGAUUGGUAAAUGGUUAGACGGGAAUUUGGACUGGUACAGCGACAGUCACAUGGGAGAAACCAAACCCUACAGAUUGCGGGUGGCCACAUUUCACGAGCCACCUUUUGUUAUAAAGAAUGAAGCGCCAAAUGGAAGUAUGACAUAUGAAGGAUACGCCAUAGAUGUAUUAAGAGAGAUAAUGAAGUUAUCCGGAGAAGAAUAUGACAUAUACGAGGCGGAGGACAAAACUUACGGGACGCUUUUACCCAACGGUGAAUGGAAUGGUUUGAUUGGGGAACUCGUGCACGGGACGGCAGACAUUGCUAUAGCCCGAUCUCGGUCACGGCAGAGCGAGAAUCAGUGUGGAUUUCACGACACCAUACUACGACUUGCCGGGAUACAAAUUGUUAUGAGAGAAAACUACCAACACCCCAAACAUGUUUGCCUUCUCGGAUGUGUUUGAUAAGGAUGUGUGGAUUUGCUGGGCCGUAGUUCUGUGCACUACAGCUAUCCUCAUCUUCAUCUUUGAACGUUACAGUCCGUUCAGCACUCGCAACUCCGCGACCGACUCUGUGCACGGCACGGUGUACAACUUCAAGGAGUGCUGGUGUUCAGAAGGAACCCCAAGGCCCAUCUCGACGCGGGUGCUGGUCGCCGGCUUCUGGUUCUUCUGUAGCAUCAUGAUGUCCACGUACACAGCGAACCUGGCGGCCCAUCUCACCCUGUCCAGGUUGACUGACCCGGUGGAGUCCCUGGAUGACCUGGCGGCCCAGUCCGAAAUCAAAUACUCGGCCAUGGAGGGCUCCACUGUACAGACAUACUUCCGCAGGAUGGCCGAGAUAGAGAAGAAUUUCUACUCUUUGUGGAAGGACAUGAGCUACGGAGAUAUACCGAGUUCUUCUCUGAAAGGAAAAAAUUUCGCCGUCUGGGACUAUCCCUUGGGUGACAAGUACCAGAAUAUAUGGAAACAGAUGGAGAACAAUGGCUUUUUAAAUAGCUCCAGACAGGGCAUGGAGAAAGUGAAGACGGAAAAAUUCGCCUUCUUUCAUGACUCGCCGAUGAUAAAAUUCGAGAUGUCUAGCACUUGUAACCUAGAGGUGAUUGGUGGACAGUUUAGUACAAAACCUUAUGCCUUUGCUCUCAGGGAAAACUCAGCCCACACAAAGAAGAUAUCUAGUAGGAUUUUGGAGCUGCAGCAAGAGAGAAAAUUGGACGACUUAAAGGAACGUUGGUGGAACACUACCAAUCGAAACUGUCCAACAAACGACGAAAAUGAUGGACUGACGUUCCAAACUGUGGCAGGCAUCUUCAUUGUCAUGGCGGCUGGCACUGUAUUCUCCAUCCUUGUGCUGAUAGUGGAACUCUCCGUCAAUAGAUUCGCGCAACGAAGAAAGAAUGACUCAGUGAAAGACGUGAAGAGGCAAGACUCAUUCCCAGAGCACUUAAGCAAGUGUGAAGGAUCCAGCAGUACGUUAUCCUCUCGCCUCUGACGCGUGACCUUUGCGGUUAACAUCACCCCAACCUGCCGCGAGGACGUCAGACCUGGGGUCAUUGCACAGAAGGAAGCCCUGGUAUGAGGCAGUCGGAGACAGAACAUGUGCACCAUACACUAUACAAAGGAUCGGCGUUAAACAGAAAUUAGACAUGAAAGUUGUUGACAAUCUGGUGAUUUAUACAUAAUUUGUGUUUAAAUAUUUAUGUGCAUAUAUAAAACAAUGUCAGCAUUGUUUACUGUCAGAAUAUGGUGUUAGCACAUCUGUGUGAUUCAGCCCCGUAUGUUGGUGUCGACCCAUGAUUAUAUCCAGUCUUUCAAGGUUAAAUGUGUACAGUGAUAUUUGUAGCAUAUUAUGCUGUAUUAAAGUAGCAUUAAUGUAGUGUGUAAAGAGAUUAUCAGGUAAUUAGCUGACCAUAGAGGAACAAAAAUGUAAUAAUUGUCAUUCCUUUUAGUCUCUAAUGGAAUAGAUUUUGGUGGGGGGGGGGAUAGUCGGGUUUGACGACACUAUAUGUGAUGCAUUUAGCGAUGCC